CAGCUCAGCCGUGUCCCCACAGCAGCAGCAGCUUCACACUCCUGAAGAGACUCCAAAAAGCAACCAGAACCAGACCGACGAAGACGAAGAGACAUGGCCUCCCGCGCAGCAGCUCUCAUCUUGCUCGGCCUCAUCUGCUUCGAGUUUGCAGCAGCUCAGAUCCCAGUCGACUGCUGCCUGAGCAUCACUGAGAAGCGUUUGCCUUCCAAGAACCUUGUGAGCUACACCAUCCAGGAGGCUGGGAAGGGCUGCGACAUCAGUGCCACCGUGUUCCUCAACAGGAGAAACAUGAAGCUGUGCGCCGCCCACCCUGAAGGGAACGCCUGGGUGAAGCAAGUCAUCAAGACGUUGGAGAAGAGACGAGGAGAACAGCAGUGAGAAUAAAAAAGGAGCAGAGAAGAUGCCUGAAGGCUGAACUCUGCGUUGACGUCUCAGGAUUUGCGUGUUGCACAGUGAAUCUCAGAAUCAUCACUACGUCGUAUUUACGAUGAUUUCCUGUUAAUUCUGUUUGAGGCUGCCACUUUAGCUCUGUAUGUUUCGUCUGUCUGUUGGGGUUAGGAUUGGGAUUAGGAUUAGGGUCAGGGUUCCCACAUGAGCUGCCUCCACUUGCCCCGACUGUAAAGCCCGUAAGAACCAGGUUUGUUAGAGUACUGUAGGUUUACAGGUAGACACAUUUGUAAAUCCAAAACUGUGAUUUUGUUGUUGUUGUUUGUCAAACUUACAAAUAAAGUUUGUGUUUUUGCA